UCUCUCUCGAUUUACCUUACCUCAAUCAUCAAAAUUACUGUAUUUCCUAGACACUUUCAUCGUCGUGCAUCUCUUGCCCGUUUUUCGUAAUUGAAUCAUCAACAUGGCUACUCAAACUGGACUGGACGUUCUCCGCAAAAGGACCAUCGUGGACUGUGACACUAUGGAUGAACAGGUUGCUAAGAAGAUGGGUCCGUUCCAGGACUGCACUUCCAACCAGGCGAUCGCAUAUGGCGAACUUAGCAAGCCAGAACAUGCCGGUUUGAUUUCCGCCUCGGUCGCAGACGCGAAAGCUCUGCUUUCUAGAUUUCCAGGCCUGAGCGUCGAGGAGUUGGCUGUUGAAAUUGCGAUGGUUCAAUUGGCCUUGAAAAUUGCUCCCCAUAUCCGUGGACACGUUCAUAUCCAGACGAAUCCCUACUACUCGUACUCAACCGAGAAGACCAUUGUUAACGCUUUGAGGAUCGUGCAACUCUUUCAACACUUCCAACCCGGUUUCGAGCAAUCUCGAAUCUGCAUCAAAAUCCCCAGCACAUGGGAAGGAAUGCUCGCCUGUCGAACUCUCGAAAAGGCCGGCGUACGGACUCUAGCCACCACGCUUUUCACAAUGGCACAGGCCGUGUUGGCCGCCGAGGUGGGAUGUACCUAUGUUGCACCAUACGUCAACCAAUUGAAAGUUCACUUUGAGCCAGGAUUCACCGACCCAAACAAACUGCUUCCGCUCUGUGUCCUGAUUCAGAAAUACUACGAGUCCAUCCAGGCUAAGACCCAGGUUCUACCUGCCAGUUUGACCUCGACGAAUGAUAUUUUCGCCCUUGCCGGUGUGCAGCACCUUACCAUUGCGCCGGGACUCCUGGAGGAGCUCUCGCAGCCGGGUUCUGUCCCUGUGAUGCGGUCUUUGUUCGACACCGACGUUCCAGCUAUUACCCCCGCCUCUACGCUGAUAUAUCUCAAUGAUGAGCCUGCUUAUCGACUUGCAUUCACCCGAGACUUGCAUGGAGCGAGCGAGGAGAAGCUGACGCAGGCUGUCAAUAUUUUCUGCGAUAUGCAGGAUAAGCUGGUGCAGGUUAUGAAGGCUAAUUUGUAGUAGCUAGGUAUAGUCGCUAAUUUGCUAUGAUAUCGUGGAGAAUUGAAGGUGGUUAUUUGAGAUGAUAUGUAUUCGCUUGAAC